UCCGUCAUAUUUGUAUGCCCCAACACAGGUCACAUAUAAACACUUCACACUGAUACAACAUAAAAUACAUUUAAAAAUAUCGUAAAAAAUAAUAAACCAAAACACUUCAAGUACACACCGUUCCUCAAUGAUUCUGCCAUACACCCAGAUAGGCAAUGCCAGCAAGCUAUCGAUGUACAUCAAGUUGGAUGAAGAGGGGUCACAACAGUGCGAGAACAUGGAGGAGUCGGUCAUCGAAUCCGCCUCCGGACCUGAUCCACACAUAGGCCCAGCAUGGCGGAUCCACUUCGCCCUCCUGGAGUACAAGCAGUUCAAGGCGGCCAGGACAAUUCAACGGUUCAUCCGGGGCUUUCUCACCCGCAAAAAAGUUAUAAGAGAGAACGAGGCUGCUACCAUGAUCGCCAAAUGGUGGCGAGGCUACAAGGUCCGCAUCGAUUUCUUCGAGACAGUUCAGAAUCUUCUGCAAGAACGGGUAAUGAAGUUUUAUAAUGAGAAGGCUCAAAUGAUUCAAGCCAGUUUCCGAGGCUGGAAAACGCGCCAGUACCUCCACGAUUUCCAGGGAAUGAAGGUGCUACGACUACAGUACGCCGAGGAUCUUCUUAGUCAACUGGCAAGGAGUCUGUGGAAAAUAAAGCAUGAACACAAGCUGCCUGGAGUUUAUUCACUGCGCGAGUCAGCCCUUCUGAGCCGUAUUGAGGACUUGUCAUGGUCCUUCGGCUUCCGCUUCCACAAUGGUCGAGUGCGAGCGGCCAUCGCCGCGAAGAGGUCUUAUAUCAACGACAAGCGCCAAGAGUUCAGAUCUGCGCAAAGAUACUUCAAAUCACCAUAUCCGGGUCCGGACGCAGAGGCCAUAAUAUUUGGGGAGGGCGUGGUAAACAAGAAUAUUUGUACUGCCGGACAGCGCACCUUCAUGGUGUAUGACAACUCCUUCAGGGACCGGCACAUUAGAAAGAUUUACGAGAAGUUCGCAGCCAGGCGGCGGAACAGCAUGCAGGCAAAUCAGGAGAACAUUCGGGCCUUGUUCUGUAGGGACUUGGUCAGGCGAAUGAUCAAAAAGCGUUUAGUAGCACGGAAUGCAGAGAAAAUAACAAUGCGGCAGUUUCUGGAUGAUCUCUUAGCAAAAUCCAGAGAAUAAAAUUGCGAUGGCUCCCUAACUGACGGAGGAUGGCUCACGUCUCUAAGGCUCCAUAGUUCUGGACGAACAUUUGCCUUGGUGGAUGGGCGACCAGAACUAGAGACCCUGGUGGGUCUUCCAUUUUAAAUUUCGUUCACUGUAUUUCCACAACGCUACCCACAACGCAUAUAUGUAUUAAAAUAUUCAUGAAUCUGG